AUGGAUUACGAUUAUCCUACUACUACUACUACUACUACUACUACUACUACUACUACUACUACUACUACUACUACUACUACUACUACUACUACUACUACUACUACUACUACUACUACUACUACUACUACUACUACUACUACUACUACUACUACUACUACUACUACUACUACUACUACUACUACUACUACUACUACUACUACUACUACUACUACUACUACUACUACUACUACUACUACUACUACUACUACUACUACUACUACUACUACUACUACUACUACUACUACUACUACUACUACUACUACUACUACUACUACUACUACUACUACUACUACUACUACUACUACUACUACUACUACUACUACUACUACUACUACUACUACUACUACUACUACUACUACUACUACUACUACUACUACUACUACUACUACUACUACUACUACUACUACUACUACUACUACUACUACUACUACUACUACUACUACUACUACUACUACUACUACUACUACUACUACUACUACUACUACUACUACUACUACUACUACUACUACUACUACUACUACUACUACUACUACUACUACUACUACUACUACUACUACUACUACUACUACUACUACUACUACUACUACUACUACUACUACUACUACUACUACUACUACUACUACUACUACUACUACUACUACUACUACUACUACUACUACUACUACUACUACUACUACUACUACUACUACUACUACUACUACUACUACUACUACUACUACUACUACUACUACUACUACUACUACUACUACUACUACUACUACUACUACUACUACUACUACUACUACUACUACUACUACUACUACUACUACUACUACUACUACUACUACUACUACUACUACUACUACUACUACUACUACUACUACUACUACUACUACUACUACUACUACUACUACUACUACUACUACUACUACUACUACUACUACUACUACUACUACUACUACUACUACUACUACUACUACUACUACUACUACUACUACUACUACUACUACUACUACUACUACUACUACUACUACUACUACUACUACUACUACUACUACUACUACUACUACUACUACUACUACUACUACUACUACUACUACUACUACUACUACUACUACUACUACUACUACUACUACUACUACUACUACUACUACUACUACUACUACUACUACUACUACUACUACUACUACUACUACUACUACUACUACUACUACUACUACUACUACUACUACUACUACUACUACUACUACUACUACUACUACUACUACUAUAUUAGUAGUAAGAACGAGGAUGAAUAAUAGUCAUAGACUGUAUAUAUUAAAAAAAACUUUUUCUUUCUGUCUUAAUAAUAAUAGAAUAAUUUAA